AGAAUUUUGAUUUAAAAAUGAUACCAUGCCGUCCCUGUCCGUUCGGCUUUCCCUCUCUGCAACCAUUAACCAAAACCAAAAAAAGUUAUCAGUCAACAAGUUAUAGUAAGCUGUUUCUUUCUUCUAGAUCUUCCACUUCAUAGUUUACUACGUUAUUUCACAUUGCAUUGGUUCCUCCGUUACUCUUUCUCUUCUAUUGCUCAUUGUUGGUUUCAUAUAUUUUCUCUUCACUUUAAAAUAUCUGUUUUAUCUGUAAAUAAUGGAUCAUCUUGGUAGCCCUGGUAUGUGCUCUGCUGGAUUGAAGAAGGAGACAUGGAGGCACACAGUCAUCCUGUCAUUCCAAACCCUUGGAGUAGUUUACGGUCGCCUGGUUACUGCUCCUUUGUAUGUCUUUGGGACAAUUCACGUCAAUGAUUUCCAAUCCGAUCAAACUGCAUAUGAAUACUUCUCUUUUAUUUUCUGGACUCUGACCAUCAUAUCUUUACUAAAGUAUGCAUUCAUAGCAUUGAGGGCUGAUGAUAAUGGGGAGGGUGGUACUUUUGCUUUGUACUCCUUAUUAUGCAGGAAUGCUAAAGUAGGUCUGCUUCCAGAUGAUAGAACCACCAAUGAGGCAACUCAUCAUCAAAAGGGAAGCCCUCUCAGAAUCAAGGUUGAAUCGAGGGCUAGAAGGGCAAUUGAAAAACAUAAAAGUAGCCAUUAUUUAAUGCUCUUCUCAGCACUGUUUGGUGCUUGUAUGAUAAUUGGGGAUGCAGUGCUUACCCCAUCUAUUUCUGUAUUAUCAGCUUCGUCAGGUCUUCAAAGAACAUUAUCAAAAAUUAAAUAUUCCUCUUCACUGAAGAAACAGCAGUCCAUAUCAGAUGCUUUAGAAAGAUAUGUACCUGUUCCUUUUGCAUGUGCUGUUCUUGUAUGCUUUUUCAUGCUACAGCACUAUGGUACCCAUAAAAUUGGGUUUAUGUUUGCGCCAAUUGUUACAGUAUGGCUUUUAUUUAUCAGUGGAAUGGGUAUAUACAACAUAUUCUAUUCAAACCCAAAAAUUCUGGGUGCUAUCUCCCCAGCAUAUAUGUACAGAUUUGUGCAAAAUAUUGACAAGAGGAGUUGGAGGUCACUGGUUAGCAUUCUUCUUAGUGUUGCAGGAUCAGAGACCAUGUUUGCAGAUAUGGGUCAUUUCUCCAAGAAAUCGAUCCAGAUAACUUUCACAUGCUUGAUUUAUCCACUUCUAGUUUUUUGCUAUGCUGGCCAAGCUGCAUAUAUCUCCAAGCACUUGCAUGAUUCUGAUGAUUUUAACCACCUUAGUAAAUCCAUUCCUAAACAUCUUGGUCAUGUCUUCAUAUUCUUGUCUCUGCUCGCUUCGGUUAUUGGAAGCCAAGCUACAAUAACUGCCAGCUUCUCCAUCAUAAACCAAUGCCUGGCACUUGGUUGUUUCCCCAGAGUAAAAGUCAUACAUACAUCAGAUAGUCGUCAUGGGCAAAUUUACAUUCCAGAUGUCAACUGGUUAUUGAUGGUCCUCUGCCUCACUGUCACUAUUGCUUUUCAUGAUGUACAAAGAAUUGCAAGUGCAGCAGGUCUGGCAAUCAUAUCUGGAAUGAUAGUUACUACUUGUUUGAUGUCUCUUGUGAUUGCUUUGCACUGGGAGAAGACUUUACUUGCAUCAGGAUGCUUUUUAUUGUUUUUCGGCUUUGUCGAAGCCGUGUACUUAUCGGCAUGUUUGUUGAGUUUUCACAAAGGAGGAUGGUAUCUAGUUGUCCUUUCAAUAUUGACUUUCACAAUCAUGCUUGCUUCGCAUUAUGGGACUAAGAAGAAAUACGAGUUUGAUUUACAAAACAAGGUUCCCACAGAAUGGCUUACUGAUUUUAGUCCGGGGCUCGGCGUUUCUAGAGUGCCUGGAAUUGGUUUAAUCUACACUGAUAUUGUGUCAGGAAUCCCAGCUUUUUUCUCACAUUUCAUUACAAACCUUCCUGCAUUUCAUCAAGUACUCAUAUUUGUUUCUUUCAAGUCCCUACCAGUGCCUUAUGUGCAUCCAAACAUGCGAUAUCUUGUAGGCAGGGUUGGUGCCCGAGACCACAAAAUCUACCGAUGCAUUGUAAGAUAUGGAUACUGUGAUCAUCAUAUCAGGGACACAGAUGAUUUUGAGGAACAGAUUAUUCAAGCAAUCGGAGAAUUCAUUUCCUUAGAAGAAAAUGAUUCUGAGUCGCUCAUUUCCCCUGAAGGAAGAAUGAUGGUUGUUGGGAAGCCAUCUCCAGAAGGAAAUGCUUUGAUUCCUCUACAGAACAGUAACUCAAUUAUGCAGCCUGCAACUUCAAAAAUGGAAAAUGCAGAAACUCAUGCUAGUCCAGCCGGAAAUCUGAUUCAGAAAGGCACUUCCUCGAGUCGAAAAAAGGUGCAAUUUACGUUACCAGCAAAUAGCCCGAAAAUGUUAGUAUCAGUGAAAGAGGAAUUACAAGAACUGAUUACUGCCAGGGAGAGUGGUACUGCAUAUUUCUUGGGUCAGUCACAUUUAACAUUGCGAGAAGGCUCAAACUUCAUCAAGAAAUUCUUGAUUAUGACCUAUGUUUUUCUUGAUAAAAACAGUAGGGAGCCUCCUGUGGCACUGAACAUUCCUCAUGCAGCUCUUGUAGAGGUUGGCAUGGUUUAUACUAUAUAACCGGAAAAUUUUUGAUACUAUUAUAAUAUAUUCCUUCCUUGAUAUGUUGGAUUUGUAUUUAAGUUUGUGGAAUUCACCCGAAAAGUAUAUAUAUUUCCUAGUGAAUUUUGAUUUA